CCCCGGGAGUGACGUACGCAUGUAAACAUUGUGACUCAAGUCAUGGCUGCCGUGUUGGUAAGGACUUUGUCAAAGUCUUGCAGACAGCUCACUCGGCCAUGGGUUGGAUGCCAGCCAGGAUGGAGGAACAGGUCCACCAAGUCUGCCCUACAUGUGGACUCAGUGCAGACGGCCGGGGUGGUGAACUUCCCUCCCCUGCAGUCAUUUUCAGAGGAGGAGAGCAUGAUGAGGGAAUCGGUGAAAAGGUAUGCACAAGAACGUAUCGCUCCGCUUGUGGCCAAGAUGGAUGAGCAAUCUAACAUGGAUGAAACAGUGAUCAAGUCUCUCUUUGAACAGGGUCUCAUGGGCAUCGAGAUCGACGUGGAGUACGGCGGCACCGGCUCAACGUUCUUCUCCUCCAUCCUGGUCAUCGAGGAGCUGGCGAAGGUGGACGCCUCCGUGGCCGUGCUGUGCGACAUCCAGAACACUUUGAUCAACACGCUCUUUGUGCAACUGGGAACUGCGGCUCAGAAGGAGAAGUACCUCAGCAGGCUGUCCACUGACAUGAUCGGCAGCUUUUGCCUGUCCGAGGCCGAGUCGGGCAGCGACGCCUUCGCGCUGAAGACGCGUGCGGAAAAGCACAAGGACUAUUACGUCAUCAACGGGUCCAAGAUGUGGAUCAGCAAUGCGGCGGAUGCCGGCGUGUUCCUGGUGAUGGCCAACGUGGACCCCUCGGCUGGUUACAGAGGCAUCACCUGCUUCAUCGUCGACCGGGAAACGGAGGGCCUGGAGAUCGGCAAAAAGGAAAACAAACUCGGGCUGCGCGCGUCCUCCACCUGCCCGCUUAACUUUGACAACGUCAAGGUGCCCGAGCAGAACAUCUUGGGGCAGCUCUGUCACGGGUACAAGUAUGCUAUCGGAAUGCUGAAUGAGGGCAGAAUAGGAAUUGCAGCUCAGAUGCUGGGAGUAGCACAAGGUUGCUUUGACCAUACGGUUCCUUACACAAGACAGAGGAGGCAGUUUGGAAAACGGAUCUUCGACUUCCAGGGUAUGCAGCACCAAAUUGCCCACGUGGCGACGCAAAUCGAAGCCGCGCGCUUGCUGACGUACAACGCCGCUCGUCUGAAGGAAGCCGGCAGACCCUUCAUCAAGGAGGCCUGCAUGGCUAAAUACUUCGCGGCGGAGGUGGCAACCUUGACAACGUCCAAAUGCAUCGAAUGGAUGGGAGGGGUGGGCUUCACAAAAGACUACCCAAUAGAGAAAUACUACAGGGACUGUAAAAUUGGUACCAUCUACGAGGGCACGACAAACAUCCAGCUGUCCACUAUGGCCAAAUUCAUCGAUAAGGAGUUUGACGUUUAGAAUCAUAUCUAACUGUAGCCUGUCGGAUUGCACUACUAAGACUGCCAUGUUACACUCCCAACAUUCAUUAUUGUGCGCGUCACGUGACUUUGCUGGAAAGGACGAUGCAGUGGUCUCUCCGCGUUACACUUUGCCACUUCUCGUGUCCCUCUUUGUGGUGCACUGUUGUUAAUUUGUAUGGGUUUUCCAAUUAUGAUCACUUGAUCAUGCGGAAAUGUACCACCAUAGCAAUUGAUUCUCUUCAUUUUAAUGUUUCAGUGCCUUUGCGCUGCCCCAAGCUCAUUAAAGUAAGUAGACUGUUAUUAUAAUUGCAGUGGUUUAUUUACCUAAUACUCAACUGCCACUAGAUGGCAGCAUUGUCUUAGUUCGCGACGCGCAAACUCGGAGCAGUCAAUUACAUUCAAUGACUAGCCUGUCACCUCUAAUGAGCUGCCUGCCAUAUUUAUCAUUUGGUGGCGCUUCAUAUUAAAAAAAAGAGCCUGUUAUGAAUAAUUGACUCACUGUUCUUUUAUUUUCGGCUGUGACUGAUUCAAUUUCCAUGUGAACACAUCUCAACACAUUACAGUGAUUGCACACUGACCGGCCACUCCAUUAGGUACACCUGACAGCAUUAUUUUACAUUUUAGCCGUGUACCAGUGAUCCUCAUUUUACGAUUGUUCUGACAUACGAUGUUUCGAAGUUACGAACGGGACUCUCCGUUAAUUGUAACUGUUUUUCGUUUGAUUGUUUUAUAUUUGUGGCCUAUAAGUGUUUUUCAUACAAAUAUUAACUGCAAUUAUGAUUUAUAAUCCUGGGC